AGAUCAUUUUAGAGGCAUUAAUUCAAAGUUUUAACAACAAAUUCAAGGUUUUUGAUUCUUGGUUCUUCAAAUAAAUCAAACACAAAACUCAACCAAACGACCAUUUAUGAACGUAGAAAUGACAUAUACGAACAUUCUAGUAACUAGAUAUAUCUACGGGCUUACCUUGAAGUGAAACGAUGAUUCCGGCGGAAAAAUGGCGAAACUUCCUCCGAACACCAUGGCUUGCUCCGGUGACGGGAAGCUCUCUUGACAACUUCUCUCAACUCUCUGAACUCUUGAUAAAAGGUCUAAUUUCACACCACUCCCUUCAAGACGCCCAACUGUACAAGAAGGCGGGUUUUUACUACCCCCUGGGUCCUGACCCGUUUCCAUUUGAAGGUGUGCCUUCUCCUGAGGGAUCGAAGGCUCCUUCUGCUGCAGAGUCCAACCCGGCUAUGAGCUCUACCGGGAAUCAACCCCAGGGCGAUUCCACUGCCUUGGCUAUUUGCAAGCCGGUUGCUGCACUGGAGGCCGUUCCUAUCUCUGCCAUUCCUGGGCUCAGGAGGCCCAUCCCAUCCCAGAAACGACCUAGGGAAGGAGUUACUGACGAUGAUUUCCUUCCCAAGAAGCAUAGGGGUGAUGGUACUUCUGUUUCACCCAGCCCCCUGUCAACUUUUUCUGGUACUCAGAAUACCACCUCUACUGCUGCACCCGGAGCCUCAGCCCGAUGCAAACAAUUCCCUCCCUCAAACUGCAUCUGCCCCCAAGAGCUGGAGAUAGAAGUUGAGGAGCAGGAAGAACCAGAGUCUUCUUCUGCAGCAGAGGUGGAGAUUGAAAUUCAGAAAGUGCCGGACGCCCCUUCCACGGCGGAGAAGGAAGGUGCAGAGCAAAACGACGCCGAGGUUCCUCCAGAGGUGAGGAGAGAGACUGAGACGCAGCAGAAUCAGGAGGAGCAGCGGGACCCGGAGGAACGACGUCCCGCCACCGCACCUUCGGCCGUCAGUCUCCCCAUCUGGCGCAAGUUCACGCCGCAAACUUAUCCUGUUUUUACAGAGGGUUGGGCAAGCUUCUCCCAUGGUUUGAGGUCCUUACAGGCUUCCCAUUGGACUAUCCAGACAAACUUGGAGAAGAUGAGGGAAUCAGUGCAGGAGCCUGCGAUUCCCCAGGCUCGCCCCGACUUGCUUUCCCUCAACGCUCUGCACUUCAUGGAGCAGGCCCAGCAAUCACUCCUCACUUUGACUGAGGAGUACCUGGGUGGAGCAUCAGGGGACUACCGGGCUGUAGUGCUCCUGAAGGAGAAGGAGUUGGCUGCCAGGGCUUUACAACAGAAGGAGCAGAUCGCUGCUUACCAAAGGGGGACUCAGGAUCUGGAAGCGCAAUUUGACAGACUCCGGGCACAAAUCUCCACACUGGAAUCAAGGGCCUCCGCUUCAAAAGACAAGGUGGGAAAUCUAGAAGCUGGAUUGGUUGAAAAAGAGUCCCGGAUCUCUGAGCUGGAGAAUUCCCUCCAAGAGGCCAAGCAUGAGAGUUCCCGUUUCAAUGAAUUCGCACUGAAACAGAUGGAAGCGAGACGGCUUAUCCUUGAGAAACUAAAGGAAGAGAGACAGACUGCAAGCGAGCUCCGGUUAAGGAUGGAUGAACUGGAGAAGACAACUGCUGCCCAUCAAGAGGAGGUUGCCACUCUGACUGCCCGCGCUGAAGCCCUUUAUGAAGAAGGGAAGUUUGACAUGCAACAAUGCAUCUACGAGGCAGUUCAGAGUGGUCUUCCGGAAAACCGAUCCUUGGACGACUUCAUCUCUUACUAUGGGUUACCUCUUCCUCUUUCUCCCCCAGCUUCUUGUGCAGAUCCGGGGCCUUGACUUUAUUCUUCUCUGUCGCAUGUUGUAUUUUGCUUUGUAACAUUUAGAUGGUAGUUAAUUGAUAACACUUGAUGUAUUUUGUCCGCACAGACUCCUUCUAUUAAUCCGACUAUUUCCCUUUAGGAACUCUUGUUUCGCCCUAGGACUUAGCAGAUUUUUUUAUCCGCCUAGGCUUUGGGCUUAACU